AUCAUUACAUGCUAUUUUUGUGUUUGAGUUCUUUUUCCAUUUUCAGUCGAUUUGUGAGAUAUUCAAAGUUAUAAAGCAGUUUGACUCAUUCAUUACAGUGUACUAAUUUCAAUAUCGUGUCUGUUUAAUUGAAAACGAAAUUACUAACACUUAAAAACAUGUCUAUUCAGUGGACAUUUAUCGCCGGCUACCUGUACUUCGAAGUUGCAAUAGUCGCGAUAAUGAUGCUGCCCAUCGCCAGUCCGCGACGAUGGCAGCAAUUCUUCAGAUCGCGGCUGUUCGCCAUGUUCCGCGAGCACGCCGCAUUUUACUUCUACGUACUACUCGGCGUACUCAGUUUGUUCCUCAUGGAUGCUGUCCGGGAGAUGAGGAAAUACUCACAUACUGAUAGCCACGUGCAUCUCUCCACUGAAAUGAAAGGAAAUGUAAAACUCUUCAGAGCUCAGCGGAACUUCUACAUCACCGGUUUUGCCAUUUUCUUGGCAUUCGUCAUUAGGCGCCUCGUUACUAUGAUAUUGAUUCAAGCAGAACUGUUGGAGAAAUCAGAAAGGAUAAUAAGAGAAGCUGAAACUGCUAAGGACCUUGCCAAGACUACUGUAUUGACACAAGCUCUGCAGUCCGCUGGGGAUUCUAACAAUGUUGAAAAUUUGGAAAGGCUGUUGCUGGAUGAGCAAAACAGAGUCAAAGAGUUGGAGGAGGAAGUAACAUCUUUGAAGGAGCAGCUGAAUGCAGCAAAAUCUAAAUUGACUGAAAGGAAGUCUGAAUAAGUCUGUGAUUGAGAACUGGGAGAUUAAUGUUAAUCUGAAGCCUAACUUUAGUAUUUGAUUAAUUAGGAAAUUAUUUUAA